ACAACCGGGGGAAGAGCGGCGGAGAGAGUGCGCGGCCAGUCACGAUCUGCAGCUGGACAGAACCGCCACGAUGCACCUUCUUGAUUCCUUUUGGAUUCAGCUGCUCCGUCUGCUGCUCCUCUGCAUCCCUGCGGUGCACACAGCAAAAUGCCCACAGGAGUGCAUCUGUGACCAGAUCCAGCUCACUGUGACCUGUGUCAACAAGAACCUGACCCAAGUUCCUCCCACUAUUGAUGAGAUCACAGUGAAAUUGGAUCUUCGUGGUAAUGACAUCCAAGAACUUCCCACCGGGGCUUUCAAACACACUCCCUACCUGACUCACCUGUCACUGCAGCGCUGUAAUAUCCACAAGGUGAAGGAGGGGGCCUUCCGCAGCCUCGGUCGCCUGGUCUUCCUCAACCUGGCCAACAACAAUAUUGAGAUCCUCUACCAGGAGUCAUUUGAUGGUUUGUCUUCGCUAAAGCAGCUCAUGAUCGACCGCAAUCGUGUGGAAGAGAUCCAGCCUGGAGCGUUCUCACAGCUGGGCUUCCUCAACAUGCUCUCCCUCACACACAACCACCUGGUCUACAUCCCUAAUAUGGCAUUCCAGGGUCUGCAGAACAUCAAGUGGCUUCGUCUUAGUCACAACUUUCUGAACUACCUGGACAUCGAAGCCUUUGCCGGUCUGUUCACGUUAACCCGCCUCAGCUUGGACCACAACGAGUUGCAGUUCUUCCCCACUGAGACCAUGACCAGACUACCAGAGGUGACCCGUCUCGAUCUGAGCUACAACCCCAUGACAUACCUGGGAGAGGAGGCGGUGUCCAUGCCCAAGCUGACCCACCUCUUCAUGGACCACAUGUCCCUGCAGGACCUGGUGAACACAGCUGUAUCAAAUUCCCCCAGCCUCAUGCACCUGGACAUCAGCCAUAACCAGCUGCGUGUCAUCCAGCCCUUCGCUGAAGGGUCUCCCAAGCUGGCCCGCCUUAACCUGGCCGGGAACCCCAUCCUCUGCAACUGUUAUCUGCGUCCACUCAGAGAGUGGGCUAUCCAUAACAAAGUGAAGCUGAUAGGGACUUGUGGAGGACCGGCCCAUCUUUCAGGUGAGAGCCUGGAUGCUGUCUACCCUCCAGAGCUGAGAUGCCAGAGUCAGGAAGCCAUGCUAAAGGCAGAGUUUGAGGAAGCUACCAGGAUCACACAACCACCUACCGAAGAACCAAACAAAGUCAAGUGUCCGGCCAACUGUGUCUGUGAGGCGGAGACACACCACUCGUCGUGUGAGAACCGUGGUCACACUAAAGUGCCUCACGGUUUCUCUCCCAACACACGUCUUCUGGACUUGCGCGGCAACCACUUCCACUACAUUCCCAGCAACAGCUUCCCCGGUGUCACACAGGUCGUGUCCUUGCACCUGCAGCGCUGCAAAAUUGUGGAGGUGGAGGGAGGAGCUUUCAGCGGGAUGAAGGGACUGAUAUACCUGUACCUGUCUGAGAAUGACCUCACAUCCCUGAGCCCAGAUGCCUUUAAAGGUCUCCCUCAGCUGACUUACCUCCAUCUGGAAAAGAACCGGUUCACCAGCUUCCCCAAAGGUGCCUUCAAACUGGUGCCCGGUCUGCUCGCGCUUCACCUGGAGAACAACUCCAUCACCAAGCUGGAGCCAGGUAUCAUAACCGGGGCUGAGGGUUUGAGAGCUCUCUAUCUCACCGAGAAUGCCAUUCAGCAUGUGUCGCCCAGGGCUCUGGACCAGGCAAACAACCUUGAUACACUCCACCUGGGAGGAAACAAGCUCAAGGAGGUGCCCACUGAGGCGUUGAGGAAGGCAGGGAAUCUCAGAGACCUCAGGCUGUCCAGAAAUGUAAUUCGCUGGAUCGGACCAAAUGCUUUCAAACCUCUGGAGAGGUCAUUGAAGGAGCUGUACCUCGAUAACAUGAGACUGGAGAAAAUGUCACAGAGUGCACUGGCAGGACUGGGUCCUGGGUUGAGGAGUCUUUUCUUGGAGGGCAACCAGCUAGAGGAGGUGCCUGACUUCCACCCACUCACUGCUUUGGAGGUCGUCAAUCUCGCAGACAACCCUCUAAUGUGUGACUGCCCCCUAUUGCCACUACGCCUGUGGAUUGAGAAAGUCAACCUCAAGGUACGAGCCACCUGUGCCAAUCCUCCUGAAUUGAGGGGUCGAAAGGUGAAAGAUGUCCACACGUUCAAGGCCUGCACUGGUGGAGAGAGUCUUCCCUCUGCCCCUGUUGUCACCCCAAAGCCGGCAAAGGCACCCAAGGCAACCAAACCCAAACCAAUGCACCUCAACGGCCAUCGGCGGGUCAAGAUGCUCAAAGCCAAAUCCAAAAUUCACAAGACUCCAACCAAAAAACAGAGUGCAGCAAAGAAAGCCGCUAAAAGCACAAACAGACGCAGCGUGGCCUAAAUCUGCUGUCUUUGGCGUUGCAUCUGGGCUUCAAAACAUCAGCAGAGAGCAACUCUGAACUGCAAAGGCUGAACUGUAUUUCACAACAAUUAUUCUUGCUGCUUUAUCAGUACAAUGUUGAACAAGAUCAUAAAGACUUUGGAGAGUUGCAUUAAUUAGCUAUAUCUUGUUGCUCUUUUAAAUUUUAUCAGCUUAAAAGAGGUACUGUUAGGUCCACCUUUUUUUGUAGUUUUGCAUCUGUACAUCACCACAGUGGAUUUUAAAUCAAUCAAUUAAGAAAUAAUUGAAGCGCACACUUCUAGCUUUAAUUAAAGGUGCUUAUCUGUUUAGGAAUUGCAGUCAUUUUUAAACACAAUCCCAAUUUUCAGAUGCUAAAAUCUAGUUGGACAAAUACCAUUUUAAAUAUAAGGUUUUUAAUAAUUUCUAUCAAUAACAAUACUUUGCGGUCUUUAACUGCCUAAAAUCUAGAGCUCAUGGACUUGGCUGGAUUUGGCUGAAUCUGACCAGAGAGUACAGCCCUGUACACUUAAGUCCAUCCUGCUGCUUCUAUCAGCAGUCACAUCAAUAAACACUAGUGACCUGGUCCCACUGUCAGCCAUACAUGUCCGUGCCAUCACAUUCCUCCACCAUGUUUGACAGAUGAUGUGCUAUGCAUCAGAUCAUGAGUUGCUUUGCUCCUUCUCCAUACUUUUCUCUUCUCAGCAUUCUGGUACAAGCUAAUCUUGUUUUCAUCUGUCCAAAUAAUCAUGUCAGAACUGCUCAAUGGUCUCCUUCAUUUGUAUUGACAUCUCUUUGAACCUCAUGUUGAGAGUUUCAGUGAACAGCUACUAAAUGCAAGUUUGACACUUGGAAUUAAUUCGGGAUAUUUCAUCUACUUAAACUGUCAUGACAUAAUGAGGGAACAGGACUCACCUGGCUUCCCAGUCAACUGUCCACUUAAAUUUAAGUGUCUGUCACCUUUGGGAUGAAUUAGAGUGGAGACUGUGUUCUAUCAGGUUGAGGUCAGGACUCUGUGCAGGUCAGUCAAGUUCUU